UAGUUGCCCUUUGGGAAUAAAUAGGGAGGGACACUAUAAGAAGGUAGUAUUAUAAUUAUUUCAAGAGUCCCUUUGGUCGAGGCCCUUUGUGUGCCACUUCCUCCAUCUCCGCCUGUACCGUACUUGGUUUCUUCAUUCAACCAAAGGGCUGCAUUCAACUAUCUUUUGUUCGUUAUCUCAUUGCAAGUUUCUUCUUUAUGAUCGGGGAGCACAACAGAAAUAAAAAGGGCUCGGUUACUAUCUUGGAUUGGAUGCGUAGAAUUAUAUCAUUUUGGUGGAUGUACCCAUAAGCAAGAGAAAGAUAAUUCCUUCGUAUUAGUGUGUGGCUCAAUUGAUAUGCUGAUACUAAAUUAUCUUCCUGGUUGCAUAGAAGCUUCUUCUGCAACCUCUUUAUCAUCUGAGAUCACGAAACAAGACUCAUGUGACUGGGUUUCUGGUGCUGAAUUGUUGGAAAUGAGUCCAGAAAAAGAUAAAUGUCCACUUGAUGGCUGUAGAGAAUCUAAUUCAAAGGAUGGUGAUCCUUGUGCCUUAAACAGUCUAGAUGGUCAACGGCCUUCCAUUUUCAGUGCCAUGCCUGGAAGUUCUAAGCCCGUAGUAUAUCAAAGAAAAAGGUUCAGAAGGAACCCUCUUGCUACUUUCUUUACUGAACCAUCAGCUGAAGUUGGGCCUAGCAAUGGAUGUCCUUCUGAGCUUUGUUCCGAAGUCCAUUCAGGAACUUUGAAGGAAGACAUAGUUGCUGCUGAAAUAUUACCUACUGCAGCUCCUGCUCUUCUGCCUGCUGAGUGUAAUAGAGGGAACCUUCUAUCUAAUUCAAAUUCUCGUGAUGGUAGGCGUGAAGGGGAAGAGCAGUGCUCUGAAGCAGCAUCAAGAAGUGUUAUGCAAAGGACUUCAAAUGUUUGUAUAAAUGAUAGCCAUUCGUCGUCAAAGUGUGAUUUGGACUUGGGGUCUUCUUUGUUGAAGACGGUUGUGGAUGAUGCUGGUGAGUGCUCCACAUCUGGUGCUUUAUUUCCUGAAGGAUGGAGUGAUAAUAUGCCGGAAAAGGAUAUAUGCGCAACAAUUCUUAGAGGUUAUGGGUUGCUUGAAAAAAUUGUGGUUACGGAGCUUUGUGCAUCCACUGACUCUUAUACCAGUUCUGGCAACUGUUGUUUAAUCUCAUGCAAAGCCUGUGAUUGUUCAGAAGCUACAGGGAAGAUGCUAAUCUGUGAUAAUUGUGAUGAUGCAUAUCAUUUAUCUUGCUGCAACCCCCGUAUGAGUAUAAAAAAAGUACCUCGCGAUGAGUGGUUUUGCCAAACUUGUUUGAUAAAGAAGCGGAAAUUACUCGAGAAAUCAACUUGUAAUGAGAGUUCUAGAUUCUUUCUGUUUGAAGGUGAACCAAGACCUACAGCUGUCAUGUUGAAGGACUCCAAUAUAUAUAGAACAUGUGUUCGUAUUGGCAAUAAUUUUCAAGCUGAGGUUCCUGACUGGACAGGUCCAGUGAUAGAUGAGGUUGAUCGUAGUGGCGAACCAUUUGAAAUCCCUUCAGAGAGUCUCUGCUUGCGUGAACGAUCUUCUAACAAACAUUUGAGGAUUAGUUCUAUUGGCAAUUGGAUUCAGUGCCGGCAGAUCAUCGAAAGUUGUGGUGAAUGCGUGGAUGGAAAUAUCUGUGGGAAGUGGCGAAGGGCCCCACUAUUUGAGGUUCAAACAGAUGAUUGGGAGUGCUUCCGUUCUGUUCUUUGGGAUCCAGCUCACGCCGAUUGUGCUGUACCUCAAGAACUAGAGACGGAGGAAGUUAUGAAGCAAUUGAAGUAUAUGGAGAUGGUAUGUCAGCUAAUCUUAUUACAGCACUCUUUUCCUGAUUUGAUAAAGAAAUGAGUUCACUUAUAUGCUUUAUUUAGCAAGAGUUGUAGGUAAUAAAUAUUCCCUCAGUUUCACUUUGUUCUUCUUACUUUCCUUUUUAAUCUGUUUAAAAAAGAAGGCGUCUUUCUUUUUUUGGAAACUCUUAUUUCCAACUUUAGAGGUAGAGGUAUGGACUGCGUACAUUUACCCUCCCCAGACCUCACUAUGUGGGAAUAUGUGGGAAUACAUUGGGUUUGUUGUUGUUGUAUGUUUAAGAUCACAAGAUUAAAGGACAUUGUGGUACAUCCUACAUAUCUUUAGUUUAAGACCAAAAGAUUCAAACGUCUUCUUUACCUUUUUUUUUUUAAACUGGUAACGUUAAAUCUUCUUAGUUUCUUAAACUCCAUACCAAAAUCAAAACCAGUCGAACAAAUUGAAAUGGGGGAAGUAAUAUAUUACACAAGAUUGACCCCCCCAGCCAAAUUAUAUGUGCGACUAUAAAAUUUCUGUCUCUGGUGUUUUACAUUCUUCUAAAAUUGAAAAAUUCAUUUCAAGUGAAGUUAUAUUUCUCUACUAUUUUUGUUGCGUUAUCUGUUUAGUGAAUGAGCUAAUGCAAAGUCACAACACUUCUCUAUUUCUUUUGUACUUGAUGGGGUUUCUUCAAGCUAUAGUUUUUGUAUUCUGCUGUCUCUGCCUCUUAUACUCCGAGGUGUUCCUUUUGUUAUUAAAGUAGUUUUCUAGUUGAAGACGAUAUAUCUAAGCUUCCUUUGGUGAUUGCAUUAGAUUCUAUCCAUCUUUUCCAUUUUCUCCAAUAACUCUGCCUCCCUGUGUACAAAUGGAACCCAGCAGGAUUCUGGCUCCUCUUUGCUAUUAGACAACUCAAAGUGAGAUGCUGUAGUAAACUAGUUGUGGGAGUCUCCAUUUACUUCUAUUAUACAAAACAAACAACAAAGAGAAACUAUGAUUUAGGUUUUGCGUUAUAUGUUUUCAUUUGUUAAUGCAUGCCCAAAGAGGAGAGUUAUGUGUCAUCCUUAAAGGAAAGGUUCUUAUAUUAACAACUUUUUAGUUUAGUUUUAUUUACUAAGUUUAUAGUUUUAUUUACUAUGUUCAUGCUUUUAUGAACAGAUUAUCUAAUUGUCAAAAAAGGGGGAGCCCAUUUUAAGUAGUGAAUUAGUGGUGGUGGAUCCUUGUCCUACAAAUGAUCUGUCAAUUCCCUUAUAGUUGUUAUUGUAUGUAAAUUGUAUCACUUUCUAGACCAACUUAUGAAGGUAUUGAACCUGGUGUUGUUCCUUCUGUUUAGUUGAAACCCCAUCUGGCAGUUAAGAAGCGCAAAUUGGACCAAUCCUCAGGUGCUAGCUCACGGUUCUUGAAAGAGAAGAGAAUUGAGAAGACAUAGGCUUCAUGUACGGAAAUGUUCAUCUUUGUACAUUUAAGCAUACAAAUUUUGGACAGUUGGAUUUGUACUACAUUUUACAUUUCACUGAUGUAAUUGCUUCAGAAACAUAAUUGUACAAUGUAGAAGGUGCAAUGAACCAGCUGCAACUCGGUUGGAUCUUUCCUGUGUCA